UUACAAUGUAAUAUUAAAUGAUUAUUAAAUGCAAGAAGAGAGGGAAUUAUCAAAGAAAACAAGUUCCUUUAAACGGGUCCCUCUAUAUAUAUAAACUUUAAACACCUAAAGAUUUAACAUAGAUCGAGAAAAAUCUCAAAACAACAAAACAAUAGCUUAAAGCAGACAUGAAGCAACAACGUUACUUGGUCGUCUUCAUCGUCCUUUUCAGCUUUCUUCUGUUUGUGAAUCUGAGUGAAGGAAGAACAGGAGGAGUUGCAGAAGAAUAUUGGAAGAAGAUGAUGAAGAAUGAACCGUUGCCUGAACCAAUCAAAGAGCUUCUCAACAAUCCGUUUAGGACCGGCCAAGAGAGAUUCAUCCAGAAUUUCGACACCAAAUCUGUUGUCCUCAUCUACCACAAUCCUAAUGAAUAAUAUUAACGAAGCCUCUUAUAUAUAUGACUUUGUGUUUAUGUAUGGAUCGAUUUAUACGUGCACGUAUAUGUUACUCCUUGAGUUGCUUGAGUUGUUGUGUUAUACACGUAUACUAUAUAUGUUCUGUUUAGUGCAGAAAUGUUAACCCUAGCUAUAAGGGAUUUUUCGUUUUUACCAUUAAUGUGAGUGAGUGAGUCUUUGUGUGGUGAAAAUUAGACUUGCUUCACAUUUUGUUUUGAUAAUAUAUAUAAAUAAAUAUACGGUGCCUUUCGUGUCUU